AUGCCAGAGUCUAUCAUCAAAACCCUGCACUUUGAGAAGAAGGCCAGUGGUUGGUUCGAUCCCCCGAAACAGGCCUUCGAUGUACAAGGUGAGGUCGUUUUUUCAGCGGUACGUGUGACUGUGGCUGGAGAUGCCGACGACAGAAAUCACCAGAUCAACUUGUUCUUGUCUGUUGCACCAAAUGAUACCUAUGUCAACAACAUCAGCGCUGUGGUGCCGGACAAGGACCCAUCCAUCAGGGGAGUCAUGGCGCUCUCCCGUCUGGUGCCGGGCUGGGUGUACAAUCUUAAUCUGACCGCCGACGGAUUCUCCGCCGACGAGCAUGUCUUGAUCACGGUCGAGCUCCUCGAGCUGGACUCAACCGUUGCAGAUGUCACGCGCGACAUUCUCAGCGACGCCGAGUCAGAGGGGUCAGGUGUCAAUGCUCUCGCUUUUGGCUUUUCCGAAGCGUCCUUCGCGCAUCUCAUGGGACCCCCGAGAAGCAUGCCCGAGGUGGAGAUUGGACCUGUACCUUUCCUCAAGGUCAGGCUGAGCAUGGAGUCGCUGUGGUUUCCGUGGUAUCCCAUCGUAUAUAUUGAUGUGUCCGCCGCGGAGCUCGUCGUCGCGGGUCAUCUGCAGCUCGCUUUCUACCGCACCAUGGACCCGGCGCCAUACCCGAAACCCGUCGCUGUGUUCUUGACGCAAGUGUCGGUACGUUGUAGGCCAGCCAUGGUCACGACGACCGAAGACACCCUCGAGCUCCAAUUUCGGUCCGCCAAGCUAUUGGGCUCGCUCUCCAUCGAUAUCCAGGAUGCAAGCGCGGCGACUGGCGUCCUGGGCGGCGGGUUUGCGAGUAUCGACGAGUUCAAGGAGGAGGUCAACGACUACCUGAAGCAGAUAACCAGCAAGACAGGGGCUCUCGGCUUCGCCCUUCCGGCGUACCUCGAGUCUCGACCCUUGCCCGAUUACUGGCACCGCGUGCUCAACAUGAGGUUGAAUUUCCUGGGGUUCAAGUACAAGACGGUCCAGGUUCAUGGCCGCCCCAUCUCGUAUUUAUUCAUUGUCUUCUCCAUGAACAGUCUGGGCCUGCCGCCGCCCUGUUAUUGCGAGGAACCAUCGCUGGUGCAAGGGGCAUCGGAGAUGGACGACAACUCGACCCCGACCGUUUUCGAGGCUCUCCAGCAACAGGCAAAGCAAGGGCGGCCGCUGCCGAAGGGGUGGAACAAGGUGGUGACGCAAGAGCACACCGACUAUACCGAAAUACUGGGGGCGGCGCAAGUCGCAGCCUUUGGGAUGAGCCAGAAGACGUUCCAGGAGGCCACGAAACCGUACGCCAACUUUGGCGACGACCAGAACUCGUCGACGUCGAUCAACGCGGCCAUAUACGCGGCGGUGCGCUUCUGGUACCGCGUCUCGCUCAAGACUGCCGAGAUCAAGGCCGACGGCAUCAAGGCCGUCAUCGAUCUCACGGGCGAGGGGUCCGCUAAGGCCGCUGUGAGGGACAAGUGCGGCCACGACGUGCUCCGCGCAAGCGAGCGCCUACGCAUCACGCUCCAGAACAACUCCAUCACGUGGCGGCUCAACAUUGGCGUCAACAACCCAAACCCCAGAGAGAUGACCAUCGCCGCCGUCGCCGAGGCGCGCGUGGGCGACCCCGAUGUCGAGCUCGACCUCGCUGGGGGGCCGCCGCCACCUCUGGACCAGGCCAUCAACUGGGUCAUCGAGCAGAUUAUCAAGGGCACCAAGAGCAGCCUGGGCAGGAUGGCAUCCGACCAGUUAAGCAUCCGUCUUGUCCGCACCGUCGAGGACAACGGCGCCAUUCGCUUGCGGUUUGUCGACAAUAAAUUUUUUGCCGGCCAGGCUGCCGUGCUGCUAGGCCGCCUCUGGUCCCAGAGUUGGAGCUAG